AUGGGCAAUCCAAUCACUCGUCCUGGUGGGCGCUGGACAUGUGGUCUUGUGUCACGUACAUGUUCACGCGACUGGCCACUGAUUGGCUCGGAU